AUGGUAACAAAUGAUAGUAUCUCACUUAGUGCAUUACGAGAAUUAUUGGACCUAUACGCUGCGACACAACGAUAUCGAGAACUAGCAGCAAUGCUGUUAUCAUUGAUCUUUGAUGCCCGAGACUUUACUACAUCGUUAAAGUUAAUUGAUGAUGUACUAGAUAUUGCUAAACUCUAUCGUCAUCGAUUUCCUCAAUGGAUUCUUCAUCUAUUGCAUGAAUACGUGACAUUGUCGAAAUUGCAGAUUCAAACCGAACUGGAAGAUGCCAAUACGGCACCAGAAGGCUGCAAAAAAGAAGCAAAAGUGGAUAAGAGAUCGCGUAGUGUUAGUAACUUACAGGCCAAUUGGAGGAUGCGAUAUGUGCAUAUGACGGAAAAAGAGAUUGUGUACUUUAAACACGAGGAAGGAAGACGCGAAAAGUCAAAGAAUCCGUUCCAUGACAAGAGAAAAAUGAGCAACAAGAAGGGAAAUUUGGUAUUGACAAAAGGCAUGCACAUUGAACCAUUAGAUUAUCGAGGUAAAUUUUCAUUACGUCCGUGGUGUGUGAAAAUCUGUGACGCGGCAGGAACGGAAGAGUUGAUAUUGGAUGUCUUCACACCCGAAGCCCAACGCCAGUGGGUGGCUGCUCUAACUGCUAAUGUAAAGCGUCUUGAACUCGAUCCAAGAUGGGUAGCGUUCCCACGGAGAUGUGUGCAUCGAAUGACUGUUGGCGAGUUUUUGCGCUAUUCGAUGCUUUACCACGGCGAUGCCAACAAAUCACACUCGCGCAACAGCUCAUGCCAGCCAGGGAUACUCCGUACGCAGUUCAAUAUCAAUGCAAAGCGCUAUCUCUUCUCGGCCCUUCUGACCUGUGCAUUAGUCCGUGAUUGGAAGACGAUGGAGGCACUCGUGCAGCCGCGCAGUGCCAAAUCCGCAAUCAUCUCCUUGUUUUCGGGUGGAAAUAGUGGUGUCGGAUCAGCUUUUACAGCUCCGACAUCGUCAACAGCGCGGACCAUACCGCCCAGUGCUGCUCCAUCUCGGUAUUCAAUUUGGUCGAACAGUACUGACUCAGUGUCACCAGUUAACAAUCGGUUGUCUGCUUCUUCUACUGUCACUCCUCCGACUCCUACGGUGAACACCGUGGUUCAUGGAAUGGUCGACGCGAGUGCCAUUGGCUACGGUGCUAUCCUGGAUAUUGCUGAACAGGAAAAUGCCCCACCAAAUCUAUUGAUGCUGUUAGAAUCAUUGCACGAAAAGAAUGACGCGAAGCGGGGAAAUUCUGCUGGCUGGACCUGCCGCCGAGACGUGGAUGCUAGCGACGCUGCGUCCAUGAAGAUUUCCAUCGACAUUCCAGAUAGCGUUCGUGUGAACACAAAUUGGGAGUGA